AAAGGACAUUGGCUUAGAAGCCUUUCUCACGUGCGAAUCGCGUAAUAUCAGUACCUGGCACGGUCACAUGCAACGAGCCAGGUCGGAUGAGCUGGCCGGCAGUAGGCUUGUGAAACGGAAGUUUCCGAGGAGGAGCUUGCAGGAUUGCAUGGAGGCGAUACUUGGUGCCAGCUUUGUCACUGGUGGAAUCAACAUGGCUCUGCGAUGUGGAUCCGCAUUGGGUGUUGAUUUCGGCGGCUGCAUUCCUUGGGAAUCUCGGUUCCAUCUUCGCGAAACAUCCCCUGUUUCAUUCACAUUCUCACGUCUGGAAGGCGCGUUGGGCUACCAAUUCCGGUCGCAGAGGCUUUUGGUCGAAGCGCUGACACAUCCAUCCUUUGACAACCAGUCUACGAGCUCUUACCAGCGACUCGAGUUUCUGGGAGAUGCUGUUCUCGAGCUGGUUGUUGUUGAAUACCUGUAUCGUAAGUUCCCCGUGGCUAACUCGGGCCAAUUGUCAUGGGCGCGAUCUCGUGUUGUCUGCGCCCCAGCUCUGGCUACCGUUGGAGUGCAACGGCUUCAGCUGCACCAGUCGCUGCUCGUGAAUAAUUUCGAGCUGAGCCGAGAGAUGGAGAGGCAUGUACCACUGCUCCAAGCGUGCAGUCCUCUAGAGACCGUGCAGCGAGGCUGGCGAUAUGACCCACCGAAGGCUCUCAGUGAUGUGUUCGAGAGUGUGAUUGGUGCUGUAUUUGUAGACUCGGGCUACGACUAUCAACGAACGGCUCUGGUCGUAGAGCACGUAAUGAGCGAUCUCCUCGAUGUGCUCUCGCCCGCUGUUCAACGCGACCCGAUAUCCGAACUCAUGGAAUGGGCCGCUGCCGCCGGUUGUUUGAGCCCAAAACGGAUUUUGUUCAAGUCAGUGGGAUAUCUAUUUCAACUCGCCACACAGUUACAACUUUCUCAUUCUUCGUCCUUCAAGGAAAAGUGUAACAGACGG